UGGAGUGUAGAUCAGGAAAAGGGAAGGGGACAGCUGUUAGUUAUAGUAAAUAGGAGUAAAACGUAAAUAAAUAGACUCCAAGGGCAAUAACCAACGUGGGUCUUCGGGAUAUCGCCUUCGGAGACAUUCCGGUCACCGUUGGCGGCCUGGCCAGAGUCCUGGUGGCAAUUUAAAGCUGUUCUUUCUUACAAAAGCGGCGUGCCAAGGGAGGACGCGUCUCUCUGAAUAGACAGGAUGCACGGACCGCCCUCCGGCGACAGCGCAUGCCCAUUGCGCCUCAUCAAGAGAGUGCAAUUCGGCAUCAUCAGCCCAGAUGAGCUUAAACGGAUGUCGGUCACGGAAGGGGGAAUCAAGUACCCCGAGACCACAGAAGGAGGGCGUCCUAAACUUGGUGGGCUGAUGGACCCCAGACAAGGUGUCAUCGAACGAUCUGGAAGGUGUCAAACGUGUGCAGGUAACAUGACAGAAUGCCCGGGCCACUUCGGCCACAUAGAGCUGGCCAAGCCCGUGUUCCAUGUGGGCUUCGUCAACAAGAUCAUGAAGGUCCUCCGGUGUGUCUGCUACUCCUGCUCCAAGCUGCUGGUCGACACGAAUAACCCAAAGAUCAAAGACAUCCUGCAGAAGUCCAAGGGGCAGCCCAGGAAGCGUCUGACCCACGUGUACGACCUGUGUAAAGGCAAGAACAUCUGCGAGGGCGGAGAGGAGAUGGACAACAAGUUUGGAGUGGAGCAGCAGGAACACAACAGUGAGGACAUCACUAAGGAGAAGGGCCACGGUGGUUGUGGGCGCUACCAGCCGCGGAUCCGUCGGUCGGGCCUGGAGCUGUAUGCUGAGUGGAAGCACGUGAACGAGGACUCGCAGGAGAAGAAGAUCCUGCUGAGUCCCGAGCGCGUCUACGAGAUCUUCAAGCGCAUCUCGGAUGAGGAGGAUGUCAUCCUGGGCUUGGACCCCAAGUUCUCCCGGCCCGAGUGGAUGAUCGUCACAGUACUCCCCGUGCCGCCGCUGGCUGUCCGGCCCGCCGUCGUCAUGCAGGGCUCUGCCCGUAACCAGGAUGACUUGACACACAAGCUGGCCGACAUCGUCAAGAUCAACAACCAGCUACGGCGGAACGAGCAGAGCGGCGCGGCGGCCCACGUCAUCGCUGAGGACGUGAAGCUGCUGCAGUUCCACGUGGCCACCAUGGUGGACAACGAGCUGCCAGGCCUGCCCAGGGCGAUGCAGAAAUCGGGCCGCCCGCUCAAAUCCCUCAAACAGCGUCUGAAGGGGAAGGAGGGGCGUGUCCGAGGUAACCUAAUGGGGAAACGUGUGGACUUCUCAGCCCGAACCGUCAUCACCCCCGACCCCAACCUCCAGAUCGACCAAGUGGGUGUCCCGCGCUCCAUCGCAGCCAACAUGACCUUCCCAGAAAUCGUCACACCCUUUAACAUUGACAGGUUACAGGAGCUGGUGCGCAGAGGCAACAGCCAGUAUCCCGGAGCCAAAUAUAUCAUCCGCGACAACGGGGAUAGAAUCGACCUGCGGUUUCACCCCAAACCAAGUGACCUUCACCUCCAGAUCGGCUACAAGGUGGAAAGACAUAUGUGCGACGGUGACAUCAUCAUCUUCAACAGACAGCCCACGCUACAUAAAAUGUCUAUGAUGGGGCACAGAGUCCGAAUCCUGCCCUGGUCCACCUUCCGAAUGAACCUCAGUGUAACCACCCCAUACAAUGCUGACUUUGAUGGGGACGAGAUGAACCUGCAUCUCCCCCAGUCCCUGGAGACGAGAGCUGAGAUCCAGGAGCUUGCCAUGGUGCCUCGUAUGAUCGUCACCCCCCAGUCCAACAGGCCCGUUAUGGGCAUCGUGCAGGACACCCUCACCGCUGUGCGCAAAUUCACCAAGAGGGAUGUCUUCCUAGAGAGGGGCGAUGUGAUGAACCUCCUGAUGUUCCUGUCCACGUGGGACGGCAAGGUGCCCCAGCCAGCCAUCCUGAAGCCCCGGCCUCUCUGGACGGGCAAGCAGAUCUUCAGCCUUAUCAUCCCGGGCCACAUCAACGCCAUCCGAACACACAGCACCCACCCAGACGAGGAGGACAGUGGGCCCUACAAACACAUCUCCCCUGGGGACACAAAGGUGAUAGUGGAGAAUGGAGAGCUGAUCAUGGGCAUCCUGUGUAAGAAGUCCCUGGGUACCUCUGCUGGCUCCCUGGUCCACAUCUGCUUCCUGGAGAUGGGCCACGACGUCACCCGCCUCUUCUACUCCAACAUCCAGACGGUGGUCAAUAACUGGCUGCUCAUUGAGGGUGCCUCUAUCGGUAUUGGUGACUCCAUUGCUGACGCAAAGACCUACCUGGACAUUCAGAACACCAUCAAGAAGGCCAAACAGGAUGUAAUAGAGGUCAUUGAGAAGGCCCACAACAACGAGUUGGAGCCCACCCCUGGUAACACGCUGAGGCAGACCUUUGAGAACCAGGUGAAUCGCAUCCUGAACGACGCCCGUGACAAAACGGGUUCCUCUGCCCAGAAGUCCCUGUCUGAGUACAACAACUUCAAGUCCAUGGUGGUGGCCGGCUCCAAGGGCUCAAAGAUUAACAUCUCUCAGGUUAUUGCUGUGGUGGGGCAGCAGAACGUGGAGGGUAAACGUAUCCCCUUCGGCUUCAAGCACCGCACGCUCCCCCACUUCAUCAAGGAUGACUACGGCCCCGAGAGCAGAGGCUUCGUGGAGAACUCAUACCUGGCCGGUCUCACGCCCACGGAGUUCUUCUUCCACGCCAUGGGAGGCAGGGAGGGGCUUAUCGACACCGCUGUGAAGACCGCCGAAACUGGUUACAUCCAGCGUCGUCUGAUCAAGUCCAUGGAGUCUGUGAUGGUGAAGUAUGACGCCACGGUGCGGAACUCCAUCAACCAGGUAGUGCAGCUUCGCUACGGAGAGGACGGCCUGGCCGGGGAGUCUGUGGAGUUCCAGAACAUGGCCACGCUCAAACCCUCCAACAAGGCCUUCGAGAAGAAGUUCAGGUUUGACUGCACCAACGAGCGGGCUCUGCGGCGCACCCUGCAGGAGGAGGUGGUGAAGGACGUGAUGACCAACGCCCAGGUGCAGAGCGCCCUGGAGAGGGAGUAUGAGAAGAUGAAGGAGGACAGAGAGAUUCUGAGGGCCAUCUUCCCCACUGGGGACAGCAAGGUGGUGCUGCCAUGCAACCUGGCCAGGAUGAUCUGGAAUGCCCAGAAGAUCUUCAGGAUCAACCCCCGCACCCCCACAGACCUCAACCCCCUACGAGUGGUAGAGGGUGUCCAGGAGCUGAGUAAGAAGCUGGUGAUUGUGAACGGCGAGGACCACCUAAGCAGACAGGCCCAGCAGAACGCCACGCUGCUCUUCAACAUCCACCUACGCUCCACGCUCAGCUCCCGACGCAUGACCGACGAGUUCCGACUGAGCACCGAGGCUUACGACUGGCUACUGGGGGAGAUCGAGAGCAAGUUCAACCAGUCUAUCGCCCACCCGGGUGAGAUGGUGGGGGCGUUAGCCGCCCAGUCACUGGGAGAACCCGCCACCCAGAUGACCCUGAACACCUUCCACUAUGCCGGCGUGUCGGCCAAGAACGUCACCCUGGGCGUGCCGCGUCUCAAGGAGCUGAUCAACAUCUCCAAGCGGCCCAAGACCCCCUCCCUCACCGUGUUCCUGCUGGGCCAGGCGGCCCGCGACGCCGAGAGGGCCAAGGAUAUCCUCUGUCGUCUGGAGCACACCACCCUCAGAAAGGUGACUGCCAACACAGCCAUCUACUACGACCCUAACCCCCAGAGUACGGUGGUGACGGAGGACCAGGAGUGGGUCAACGUCUACUAUGAGAUGCCUGACUUCGACGUGACUCGCAUCUCCCCCUGGCUGCUCCGCAUCGAGCUCGACCGGAAACACAUGACUGACCGCAAGCUGACCAUGGAGCAGAUCGCAGAGAAGAUCAAUGCAGGUUUCGGAGAUGAUCUGAACUGUAUCUUCAAUGACGACAACGCCGAGAAGCUGGUUCUGCGAAUUCGCAUCAUGAACAGCGACGAGAACAAGUUCCAUGAGGACGAGGAGGUGGUGGACAAGAUGGACGACGACGUGUUCCUGAGGUGCAUCGAGUCCAACAUGCUGACGGACAUGACACUGCAGGGUAUCGAGCAGAUCAGCAAGGUGUACAUGCACUUGCCCCAGACAGACAACAAGAAGAAAAUCAUCAUUACAGAGGAGGGAGAGUUCAAGGCCCUGCAGGAGUGGAUCCUGGAGACAGACGGCGUGGGACUGAUGAGGGUCCUCAGUGAGAAGGACGUGGACCCCGUCAGGACCACCUCCAACGACAUCGUAGAGAUCUUCACGGUACUGGGUAUCGAGGCUGUACGUAAGGCACUGGAGAGGGAGUUGAACCACGUCAUCUCCUUUGACGGUUCCUACGUCAACUACCGGCACUUGUCGUUGCUUUGCGACACCAUGACGUGCCGCGGUCACCUGAUGGCCAUCACGCGUCACGGCAUCAACAGACAGGACACGGGACCCCUCAUGAAGUGCUCCUUUGAGGAGACGGUGGACGUGCUGAUGGAGGCGUCGUCCCACGGGGAGAGUGACCCUAUGAAGGGUGUGUCUGAGAACAUUAUGCUGGGUCAACUGGCCCCCUGUGGUACGGGCUGCUUUGACCUGCUGCUGGACGCUGAAAAGUGCAAGUACGGCAUGGAGAUCCCCACCAACAUCCCCGGUAUCAGCGUGGCUGGACCCACCGGAAUGUUCUUUGGCUCGGCGCCCAGCCCCAUGAGUGGCAUGUCCCCAGCCAUGACCCCCUGGAACACUGGAGCCACCCCCGCCUACGGUGCCUGGUCCCCCAGCAUUGGUAGCGGGAUGACCCCCGGAGCAGCAGGCUUCUCUCCCAGUGCAGCGUCCGACGCCAGUGGCUUUUCUCCGGGCUACUCCCCGGCCUGGUCCCCUACCCCUGGAUCUCCUGGGUCCCCGGGACCAGCCAGCCCCUACAUCCCCUCUCCAGGAGGUGCAAUGUCUCCCAACUACUCGCCCACCUCCCCGGCCUACGAGCCCCGCUCUCCUGGGGGAUACACCCCCCAAAGCCCGGGCUACUCCCCAACCUCCCCCUCCUACUCCCCAACCUCCCCCUCUUACUCCCCCACCAGCCCCAACUACAGCCCCACCUCACCCUCCUAUUCACCCACCUCCCCGUCAUACUCCCCAACCUCCCCCUCAUACUCCCCAACCUCCCCUAGUUACUCCCCCACCUCCCCCUCUUACUCUCCAACUUCCCCCUCCUACUCUCCAACCUCUCCCUCUUACAGCCCUACGUCCCCAAGCUACAGCCCCACGUCCCCAAGCUAUUCCCCCACCUCGCCUAGCUAUUCCCCCACCUCGCCUAGCUACUCCCCCACCUCCCCCUCUUACUCCCCCACCUCCCCCUCUUACUCCCCCACUUCACCCUCUUACUCCCCCACCUCACCCUCUUACUCCCCCACCUCACCAAGCUACAGCCCCUCUUCACCCAACUACACCCCCACCUCUCCCUCCUACUCCCCCACCUCUCCCUCCUACUCCCCCACCUCCCCCUCCUACUCCCCCCACCUCCCCAAACUACCCCCCACCAGCCCCAACUACUCCCCAACCUCCCCCUCUUAUUCUCCCACCUCUCCGUCCUACUCUCCCUCCAGCCCGCGCUUCACCCCCCAGUCGCCCACUUACACCCCCAGUUCUCCCUCCUACAGCCCCAGCUCGCCCUCCUACUCACCCACCUCUCCCAAAUACACCCCUACGUCACCCUCUUACUCCCCCAGCUCUCCAGAGUACACCCCCACCUCCCCCAAAUACUCCCCCACCUCGCCCAAGUACUCUCCGACCUCUCCCAAAUACUCGCCCACCUCCCCGACUUACUCACCGACGACGCCCAAGUACAGCCCCACGUCUCCCACCUACUCCCCCACCUCACCCACCUACACCCCCACCAGCCCCAAGUACUCCCCUACCUCCCCAACCUACUCUCCAACCUCACCCAAAUAUUCUCCCACCUCCCCCACCUACUCACCCACUAGCCCCAAAGGGUCCACCUACAGCCCCCUGUCUCCGGGCUACAGCAACCCCUCGCCCAGCUUCACCCUCACCAGCCCGGCCAUCAGCCCAGACGACAGUGACGAGGAGAACAACUGAGGGAGCCAGGAAGAGAGGGGGCUGAGGAGCCUCUCUCUGCCCCACUCCAAGCCCCUGGACUGGGGCUGGAAAACUGAAGGAUAGCCUCUCUGCUGGAGGUGUUGGUGAUUUGGGUGGACAAAGAAAAGAAAAAAACCUGGGAAACCCACUUGUGAUUUUUUUUAUUUUGGGGACCACUGUACCCUCCCAGCCUCGUCCAACUCAGGGGGGAGGGUCCCAAAAAAUAUUUCCUACUAUUGUAUUUGAUAGACUUGAACAGUUUAGCCAGGAGAAAAGGCUGCCUUUUGAACUAGAAGUUUUGUUUCUGUUAUUAAUUUUCAUGUGGGCUGUUGAAGCAGAGUUCUAUGUACCUAGAGGAAAGCAGAGGUGAGGGAGAUGUGGUUACCACGUUGACAAAAACCUCCCUCCUUUUCACCCUACAGCACCCAGUCUCUCUCUCUCUGAACUUCACUGUUGGAUGUAUAUUUGUAGGGGAGUGUGUUGCCAAAAGCCUUGAGAAAUCUACCAGUGGGAUUGUAUUUCUCUCCUUAAAAAGCAUUUAAGCUUCCAAAAAAAACAACUAGAGGAGUAGAAGAGUUGAGCUGAUCUUUAUUGCAUAUUUUACUGAAACGUAUCUUUAGUUUUUCAGUUUUUCUAAAUCUACAGUUGUUGCUGCCAGUUUGGGUUUGAAGAAAAAGUUGAGCUAAUGUUUUUUGAUAUGUCAAAUCAAAUGUUUGUCACAUGCGCCGAAUACACGUUAUAUACGUUACAAGCCCUUAACCAACAAUGCAGUUCAAGAAAUAGAGUUAAGAAAAUAUUUACUAAAUGAACUAAAGACUGGCCAGAUUUGAGAUGGAACAGAAUAAAAGAGUACAAGUCUGCAGUUCAGAACAGUGGGAGUAGAGUAGUGGAAAGGGUUGCCUGGACUCUGCAUGUGAUAAUGAAUAGUUGUAUUACUUUCAGCACAUAGUCCAGGGCUGCAAAUGAAGACAGCCUGGGACGGGAGAUGGUCAGGUCAUGGAUGCAGAAAGCUGAAAGGGAGAGAGACUCUUGUAACGAAUUUCCGUGGAGACGUUGACAUUUUGUCACCUCUCCACGACUUUCCAAAUAAACCCUUUAUCCUCCCUUCUCCCCUUGACG